AUGCAGCAGGGUUUUCCAGAGGGCACUAGUGGUUCCGGGAACUCUGGAGAGAUUGACAUGAUGAGGCAACUCAAUGUGCAGGAGGAGGCUGGGGAACUAGUUACUACACAGUACACUGAACACAUUAGCCUGGCUCCUUUGCGAGAGCUGUACAGAUUGAAGUGUGCUUCGCCGUCCUCCUUCAAGUAUUACGUGUGGGCAACAAAGGAAGAUAGAAGGUCGAACAGUUCAGGAUUUGAUAUACUUUCUCAGUAUCACUUAGGCACAGCUGCUACAUUAGGAGGUGUGCAGACUGUGGCUGGAUCUACACCUAUGCAGAUUGCCUAUAGAAUUGGACCUGAAGCAAACUAUAAAAUAAGAACGAGGUCGGCGUACCCUCUGGGACUACCAGAAGAAUUUUCCUUUCUCACAACGUUUCGCAUGAGUGGCAGCACCAUUACUAAGAAUUGGAAUAUUUGGCAGAUUCAAGAUUCCUUCGGCAACGAACAACUUGCAGUACGAGUUAACGGCGGGACACAGUCCUUGGAAUUCUCGUGCACCACAAGGAAUAAUCGACCUCAGACGAUUAUCUUCUCAUUUCUACCGUUCCUAUUCGAUUCUGAAUGGCACAAAAUCUUAAUAAGUGUUGAAAGGGGCGCUCUGACACUUUUCAUUGACUGCAUCAGGAUAGACUCGCACACACUUCUCCCAAGAGGCUCAGUAAAUCUCGAUGGCUUUACCCUGAUGGGAAAACUAAAGGACACCCCUGCGAUUGCUGUGCCGUUUGAACUUCAGUGGAUGUUAAUUCACUGCGAUCCAAAACGACCACAAAGAGAGACGUGCAACGAACUGCCAGCCAGAAGAUCGCUAGCCAUAGGGGGAACCAUGGCUAGCACCACCAGAAAUCCUGGACCUCUCCUUAUAGUCAUUUUGCUUCAGAUUGUCUUCAUUUGUUCAGCUCAAAGAGGCCCAGUUGGUCCCCGAGGUGCACCUGGCCCCAUCGGUCCUGCAGGCGUCCCUGGAAUCGAUGGCAUAGAUCCUUUAAAGGUGAGGAGAGGUGAGGAUGGCCCAACAGGUCCCCCCGGCCCAGAUGGCGAUCUAGGGAAACCCGGAUCAGCAGGAUUACCAGGCAAGCCAGGAGCUGAUGGGUUAACCGGCCCUGAUGGAGAUGCUGGCCCGGACGGUCCACCUGGGCAAAAAGGUGAACCUGGUCCAGCUGGACCCCGUGGAUCAGCAGGUUCAGGGCCAGAUGGACCUCCUGGUCCACCAGGUCCAGGCGGGCUUCCAGGAGAACUUGGACGUGUUGGAAUCUUGGGUGAUGCUGGAGUUAGAGGGCCUCCUGGUCCCCCUGGUUCCCCUGGGCCUCGAGGUGCUGCUGGACUUCAUGAUGGCAGUGGAGAGUUGUGUCCCAAUGCCUGCCCUCCUGGCUCCCCAGGCCAUCCUGGUCUCCCAGGAAUGAAGGGACAUAAAGGUGUAAAAGGAGAAUCAGGUGAACCAGGAAAGCAGGGACACAAGGGUGAAGAGGGUGACCAGGGGGCCUCUGGGGAGGUCGGUGCACAAGGCCCUACAGGUCCUCAGGGUAUAAGGGGAAUCACAGGCAUGAUGGGACCUAAAGGUGAAAGGGGUGCGCGUGGACAUGAUGGUGAACCAGGUCCUCAGGGUCUGCAGGGUGCAACUGGUGAUCAAGGUCAGAGAGGCGUAAUGGGUGAGACUGGGCCAAAAGGGGACGUUGGGCCUCAAGGUCCAAGAGGAAUUUCAGGGCUUCCAGGUUCAAAAGGAGAAUCUGGAUUACCCGGGGUAGAUGGACGUGAUGGAAUCCCUGGGAUGCCAGGUGCAAAGGGUGACUCUGGAAAACCAGGCGCGCCGGGUGAAUCUGGACUUCAGGGUCUUCCAGGCUUACCUGGUUCUUAUGGUGCAAAGGGUCUGAGUGGUGAAAAGGGUGAUACCGGUGCCUCUGGUUUACUUGGAACAAUGGGAUCUGCUGGGAAAACUGGCGAGCGAGGAGAACAAGGGGAAGUAGGCCCAGUUGGACCGAGAGGAGGACCAGGUGAAAGAGGUGUGCAGGGUCCACCUGGUCCCACAGGUAUACCAGGAGUCCGGGGCCCAAAAGGUGAUCCUGGUCUCCCAGGCCUUCCUGGUCCCCCAGGCCUGCCCGGAGUUAAAGGAGACAGGGGUGCUGUUGGUUUGGACGGCCCUAAAGGCGAACAAGGUGAUCCUGGAUCAGAGGGCACAGCUGGUGAUAAAGGUGAUAUGGGUGAUCAAGGAGAACCUGGACCCAAAGGAUCUACUGGUAACCCUGGUGAGCCUGGCAGUCGUGGCCCUGAGGGCAGCCGUGGCCAGCCUGGCAUUGAAGGACCCUCUGGCUCACCUGGACCUCGUGGGAUGCAGGGAGAUCGGGGUGUCCCUGGCCUGCCUGGGUCACAGGGGCCAGCUGGUAAAGAGCCCAGUGAUCAACAUAUAAGACAAGUUUGUAUGCGAGUUAUGCAGGAACAGUUAGCUCAGCUGGCAGCCAGCCUCCGGAGACCGGAAUCAGGUGCUGCUGGUCUGCCUGGGCGCCCUGGGUCUCCUGGGCCUCCUGGCCCUGCUGGUGACAGUGGCUUCCCUGGACAGGCCGGCCCACGAGGAUUACCAGGUUUGAAAGGACCUGCCGGGCCGAUCGGUCUCAAGGGGGCUAAAGGUGAAAUGGGUGACAGGGGCGAUAGAGGCAUCACAGUACGAGGAUCGAAAGGCUUGCCUGGAGCACCUGGUCUGCCAGGGGAGCCUGGCAGACCCGGCUAUGGCAGGGAUGGACGUGAUGGUGAAAGAGGCCCCCCUGGAGUGCCUGGACAGCCUGGUAUCCCUGGUCCUCCUGGUCCAGCUGGACCUUCUGGUUACUGUGACCCGUCAGCGUGCAACUUGCAAGCGAUCGCUGCACCUCAGUCUCUGAAGGACUCCAACGUUAAAGGACCUUGAACUUGACCCUCUGUCAACAGUAACUGAAAACAUGCUGCAGGUUCAAGAGAACUGAAAACAAGACAAUUGGGAGAACAGUCCAAAAACAGACUUUAUAAAGACAAGCAAGCAAUUUUUAACACUGUAAGAGAUAGUUUUUUUUUUUUUUUUUAAAUAUAUGAUGGUGCUCAAUACAUACAAUGAUUUUACCUGCAACAAAUACAGUUAUACAUAUGUGGCCUAUACUUGUAAUAAAGAAAAUGCCCUCAGAGAGCAUCGUAUUGGAUCAUGUGUGUUAAGGUACAACUGUUAACGAAUGCAUUUCUUACCUCAAUUGUAGCUUCUGCCUUUUAUGUUCUGUAACCCCUCCCCUAAGAAAUAAACUGAAUUAUUUUCAGGCAAACUGCAUUUAAUUUUGCCACCUGUGUGUACUAUAUUGUACAAGCUGUAAGAAAACAAAAGAAAAAUAGCAAUAUCAUUUUGUACAGAAAUGACUGCCUUGACUGGUCAUGUAAAAACAUGCUAUACUGAGUACAAUGUAUGCUUUCAAUCUCUGUAAAUGUGUUAUUUCUGGGUAUUCAUGCAAAUUACAUUUCAUGUCAAAUGACUGAUAAAUAUGAGUGAUUCUUUGUUCACUUCCAGCUACUUUUACUCAGCGAUUGCUAGCGUGUAACAAACCUCUGUUCAGCAUUCUUCUCUGGAUUCAACAUUGACGAGAAGGCAGUAAGCCACUGUUAUUGGUCAUUUUAAUAAUAUCCAGAAGUAAGUUUUAUAACUAUAUUAUUUAUUAUGAAGGUCUAAAGUGACAUCUAAGGUUGUACAAAAGCGGAGAAAAUAAAUAUGAAUUUUACUAAAGUGUUGCAUGUUUUUGUAUGAAUGGUUAAUUCCUAAUAUGGCUAGGUGGCAGUGAGUACUGUAUGUGUGCUUCUGCUUUUUUCUUCUGUAGCUUUGCCUUCUGCUAAUGUUUCAGGGUGGUUUAGCAUCAUAGAACACCAGAAACUGUGCUCACUAAGAUAAUUCAGAGAUAAAGAAAUCUUGCGCCAUUUUAAACAUGGAUAAAAAUAAAAAUGGACAACAUUUCA